AUGUUGGCUUCGCGCUUCUCCAGAGCUCUUCCCCGAGCAACCCCCUUGGCCGCCGCCAGGGCGGGCAUCUUUGCCAAGGCACCUCUCGCUUCCAAGUUCGCUCGCUAUGAGUCGACGCAAGCUGGUGAGGGCGACAAGGUCCAGGGCACUGUCAUCGGUAUCGACCUGGGUACCACCAACUCGGCCGUCGCCCUGAUGGAGGGCAAGGUCCCCAAGAUCAUUGAGAACUCGGAAGGUGCCCGUACCACUCCCUCAGUCGUCGGUUUCGCCGAGGACGGUGAGCGCCUGGUUGGUGUCGCUGCCAAGCGCCAGGCUGUCGUCAACCCCGAGAACACUCUCUUCGCCACCAAGCGCCUGAUCGGCCGCAAGUUCACCGACGCCGAAGUCCAGCGUGACCUCAAGGAGGUCCCCUACAAGAUCGUCCAGCACACAAACGGUGACGCUUGGGUGUCCGCCCGUGGCCAGAACUACUCUCCCUCGCAAAUCGGUGGCUUCGUCCUCAACAAGAUGAAGGAAACUGCUGAGCAGUACCUGUCUAAGAAGGUCCAGAACGCUGUCGUAACCGUCCCUGCCUACUUCAACGACUCUCAGCGUCAGUCCACCAAGGAUGCUGGUCAGAUUGCCGGUCUCAACGUCCUCCGUGUCGUCAACGAGCCCACCGCCGCUGCCCUCGCCUACGGUCUUGAGAAGGAGGCCGACCGUGUCGUCGCUGUCUAUGAUCUUGGUGGUGGUACCUUCGAUAUCUCCAUCCUCGAGAUCCAGAACGGUGUUUUCGAGGUCAAGGCUACCAACGGUGACACCCACCUUGGUGGUGAGGACUUCGACAUCCACCUCGUCCGCCACAUGGUUGAGGACUUCAAGAAGACUUCUGGUAUUGAGCUGGCUGGUGACCGCAUGGCUAUCCAGCGUAUCCGCGAGGCUGCUGAGAAGGCCAAGAUUGAGCUGUCCUCUUCUCUCCAGACUGACAUCAACCUGCCCUUUAUCACUGCCGACGCCUCUGGCCCCAAGCACAUCAACAUGAAGCUCACCCGUGCUCAGCUUGAGAAGAUGGUCGACCCUCUUAUCACUCGCACCAUUGAGCCUGUCCGCAAGGCCUUGAAGGAUGCUGGCCUCCAGGCCAAGGAUAUUCAGGAGGUUAUCCUUGUCGGUGGUAUGACCCGUAUGCCCAAGGUCGCCGAGUCCGUCAAGAGCAUCUUCGGCCGUGACCCCGCCAAGUCUGUCAACCCCGAUGAGGCUGUAGCCAUUGGUGCCGCCAUUCAAGGUGCCGUCCUCUCUGGCGAGGUCAAGGACCUCCUCCUACUCGAUGUCACUCCCCUCUCCCUCGGUAUCGAGACCCUUGGUGGUGUCUUCACCCGCCUGAUCAACCGCAACACCACUAUCCCCACCAAGAAGUCCCAGGUCUUCUCAACCGCUGCCGACUUCCAAACGGCUGUCGAGAUCAAGGUCUACCAGGGUGAGCGUGAGCUUGUCAAGGACAACAAGAUGCUCGGCAACUUCCAGCUUGUCGGUAUCCCCCCUGCCCACCGUGGUGUCCCCCAGGUCGAGGUUACCUUCGACAUUGACGCCGACUCCAUUGUCCACGUCCACGCCAAGGACAAGUCUACCAACAAGGACCAGUCUAUCACCAUUGCCUCUGGCUCUGGUCUCUCGGACAAUGAGAUCCAGCAGAUGGUUGAGGACUCUGAGAAGUAUGCUGAGGCCGACAAGGAGCGCAAGGCUUCUAUCGAGGCUGCCAACCGUGCUGACUCUGUCCUCAACGACACUGAGCGUGCCCUGAACGAGUAUGCGGACAAGCUCGACAAGACUGAGGCCGACGGCAUCAAGGAGAAGCUCACCAACCUCCGUGAGUUCGUCGCCAAGAGCCUGGCUGGCGAGGGCAGUGCCACUGCCGCUGAGAUCAAGGAGAAGACCGACGAGCUCCAGAUGGCCAGCCUGAACCUCUUCGACAAGAUGCACAAGGCCCGCAACGAGGGCGAGCAGCAGUCGAGCCAGCAGUCCACUGAGGGCGAGAAGAAGGAUGACUCGAAGCCUUAA